AUGGAUCCAUCAUUCAUCCCGAAGGAGCUAGCAGGGAAAGACAUCUACAAGAUUCUGGGUCUCAGCUAUAACGAUGCAGAUAAAGAAAAUAUAAAAAAUGUAAUAAGAAAAAGGUACCUCAAGUAUGCUCUAAUUUUGCAUCCAGACAAAAAUGAAGGUGUUGAGAAAAGUGAAAAAAUCGAAACAAGCGCUGACAGUUUUAACACAUUAAAAUGUGCAUACGAGUUUUUGAUGAAUGAGAAUCUCAGGAAAAAGUAUAACCACUAUGUAGCUGAGGAGAAGGCAAAAGAAGAAAACAAAAAAGUGAAAAAUGUGAGACCCAGUAACAUUAGUCUUAGCAGGUUUUUGGAUGAAAAAAUAUUUGAUGCUCAUAAGAAUGAAAAAUUAGCAUACAAACGAAAAUUAGAAGAACAGGAAAAAAAAGCUGCGAGGGAAAGGAAGUGUUAUGCUUCGAGAAACACAUCAGAGACGUGGCAAUCAAGUAUGAAGCAUUCUCCUUCUUCAACUUUUAAUUACCGUGCGUGUGGGAAGAGGAAAAAAAAAAAAAAAAAAAAUGCAGACGAGGAGAUUGGCGAAGAAGCAGAUGGUGAUGAAGAAGCGGAGGGUGAUGAAGAGGACAUGGACGAGAUACAGGCAAAAGGGAGAGGGGAAUAUUUAAAAAAAAUCAAAAGAGAGAAUGAAGAAUUCAUGAGAAAGUAUUCUGCUGAACCAUGUGGUAAGAAAAAGGGACAUGAAAAACUUAACGAUGAUAAAACAAUCGAAAUUUACCUUAACAAUUAUUUAUGCAACGUUAACUUACUCCAGGAAUAUAUAAAAGAAAAACAUUUUAUAAAUUUUUUUAUAAAUUUUAAUUUUUUAAAAUAUGAACUUAAUAUGAAUGAUAAAGAAAAGAACAAUGAAAGGAAAGUUGGAUAUUUUAUUUUCUCACAUCGAAGCGAAGCUAUAAGUGCUUAUCUAUAUUACAAAAAAAACGCAAACAAAAUAUAUCACAACUUUAAGUUAAAGUUGGUACUACCUUGUAAUGACAACAAAAAAGUAGGAAGAGAUCAAAUGUCAGAACAGCACAAGGGGGAGGAAGAAGACAAAAACAACAGUGACAAAAUUAUGAACGAAAUGGUUAAUGAAUUAGAUAAGAUGUUUUUUUCUGUCUGA